AUGGGUGUCCUGGUUCAGCUCCCGGUUCAGUGCCCAGUUAUCUACCAACUUUUAGUAUAUCCCGUCGUAAUGGGUGUCCUGGUUCGUGCCCCGGGUCACAAGGUCAAGAUCACAGGGUCACAAGGUCAAGAUCACAGGGUCACAGGUCAAGAUCCCGAGUCAAAGGCUAAGAUCAGGGGUCACGGUCAAGAUCACGGGUCACAGGUCAAGAUCACAGGGUCACAAGGUCAAGAUCACAGUCAGGGUCAAAAUCAGGGGUCACAAGGUCAGGAUUACAGGGUCACAGAAAUGUACAGUGGUGGCCGGCAAGAAUUAGUGGUACCUGGGUCAGUGUACAGGAUAGUUGUAGAGGCUAUCAGGCCAGCUCAAGUCCUGACCGUCAGAGCUGCCCUGGUACACAACGGUGAGCAGGUGGCUUCAGGCAAGGCCGUACUCAAGCCUGGUGACCUCUCUGAAAUUCUGUUGAGGGUUCCAGACUCUGGCGUUGAUGGCGAGUGGCAACUGAGGGUGGAAGUCCAAGAAGGAAUUAGUGCCAUCUUCAAGAAGGUCACUCCACUUAACUUCCAGGCCAAAUUUUUAACCAUUCUCAUACAGCCGUCACGUCCCGUCUAUAAUGCCGGCCAGAUAGUACGGUUCCGCGCCAUCCUUCUCACUCGGGACCUCAAGCCUUACGACGAUCCUGUGGAUGUCUUCGCUCUGGAUUCUCGUGGCCGGAAGAUGCGUCGUUGGCCCUCCUACCAGACCAGUCACGGGGUGAUUAAUCUGAGUUUCCAGUUGCCGGAUUAUCCUCUGGUGGGACGGUGGACGAUCAGGGUUAGAGCCAAGAGCCAGGUGGAGGACAAGAUCAUCCAGGUAGAACAUUACUUCAGGCCCAGAUUCGAGGUGUUCGUUCGACUCCCGCUGACGGUGCAGACGUCGGCGGAGUACGUGGAGGGCGUGGUGGUGGCCAACAUGACCAACUGGAGGUACGUGCAGGGCAACUGUACCCUCAAGCUGCAGUUUGCCAGACACGACGAUGACCAACCCAUCCCCGAGCACUUUACGGACGCCCAUGUGGAGUUCGUCCGUGUGUUCAAAGGUUCCCACGCCUUCAAGCUGCCCCUGUCGACGGUCCGUUAUAUGCUUGGUGCUGGGACUAAUGACGAGAACCUGAAAGGCGUGAGCGUGCGCGUGUGGGCUACAGUGGGCGACACCUUCAGGUGGUGGGUGCAGGAGGGGUGGGCCAUCGCCAGGCUGGUGAAGGAGGAGGCGAAGGUCACAUUCUUGGGCGACCAGCCUCUUAUCUUCAGGCCAGGCAUGCCUAUUACCAUCCACGUCCUCACGUCAUACCAGGACGACCAUCCGCUGGGGGAGGAGGAACUUCAGAAUGCUCGACUCAGUGUGGUCAUGACAGCCUCUGGACAGAGCACAAAGGUGGAUCAGGUGGACGUGAGCGGGUGGAAGUUGCAGGAGGCGGCGGGUGUGGCGGAGAUCUCCUUCGACCUUCCUGAGGGAGCAAUGAGCCUCAGGGUAGACGCCAGCCUGACCACCAGUAGCGGGCUGACAGCGGGCGCCAGACUGCUGGGGGUGGUACAACACUCACCCAGGGACCGACACCUUCAGAUAGAGACAUCCACCCCUGACGCCAGCCCAGGGGAGUUCAUCACUUUACACGUCAGGAACAACUUUUACAUGGAGCACUUUAAUUAUGUGGUGUUGUCACAGGGUGUGGUGAUCUAUAACGGGAGGGAACCUAUACUUGACCACUCCAUCCCCACCGUCACUACCUUCUCCCUCCCUGCCUCGACCGAUAUGUCCCCGGCGGCCAACAUCCUAGUCUGGGUGGUGACUCAGGACGGUCAGCUCGUCUCUCACGCCUUGCUGGUGCCCGUCGACCCUCUGGGACGACACAAGGUAGGCAUCAGGUGGAACGAACACAAGGACCACUCUGGCGGGUCAGUAGAGAUGAAGAUGUUGGGGGAGACGGGCGCGUUCUUCGCCGUCUCGUCUGUGUGGGAGGAGACGCACCACAUGGACACCGGCCACGAGUUAGACGCCUCCCGGGUCCUCCACCACAUGCUGCAGCUGGAGACGAACGACACCGUGUACGCCAGGCGGAGCAAUGUCACUGUGCCUCACAUCCGUCGGGCGGCUACUAGGUCACGUGACGGGGCCGGAGCCAAGGUGUCGCUCUACCCUACAGCCAUGGCUGGACCAGACGCCCCCUCCACUUUCAACUUCAGUGACCUCCUCGUGCUGACCGAUGCUGACCUCUUCUACCAUCCUCACCACGCGUCAGACUCACCUGACUGUGCUACCUGGCAAUUCAAGUGUCUGACUGGCAGCUGCUACAAUCACGAAGAACGUUGUGACGGACUCUACCAGUGCCCUGACCACUCUGACGAGGCAGGAUGUCCCGUGAAUGUCGACCCUCUCCGGGAGUUCCGCAUCAAGCGCCUGAGUCGUCUCCACCGCUUCUACGACCCAGACCACGGUGACUGGGCGUGGCUGGAUAUCAGAGGCGUAGGUACCGAGAUCCAGGUGUUCCCUAUCCCGAAGAGGCCGCAGACGUGGGUCGUGUCCAUGUUCGCUGUCGGUAAGAAGAUGGGACUCGGCCUACUGCAGGAGAAGAUACAGUUCGACUCGGCUGGACCAUUCGUGUUGACACUGGAAGGCCCAUCUGUAGUUAGACAGUGGGAGCAGGUAGGUCUGAGGGCGUGUGUGUUCAACUUCCACGGCAGUAAGGUGGGCGUGAUGGUCACCCUGCCUAACUCGGACGACUACCGCUCCGUGUUGGUGGAGGAGAACGGCGCGGUGACCUCUUACAAACCCAGGACGGCGUCGGGGGAUCAUCAGCAUGUUGUAUGGCUUGAGCCAGGAGAGUCCCGUGACGUCCACAUCCCCAUUGUGUUCACGAGGAAGGGUCAGGUCGAAGUCACUGUCCAGGGCUCCACCAUGAUGCAGAAAGACUCCGACACGAUCACUAUUGAUGUCCUGCCUGAGGGUGUGACCAUCGGGAAACACACCUCCAUCUUGCUGGAUCUGAAAAACAGGGCGCUGGUGUAUGACUUCCUUGACAUAGAGCUGGACGAGUCACCCAUCAUCCCUUACUCCCUCAAGCGUCGCUACAUCUACGACACUCCCACCGGCCACAUCUCUAUCACCGGUGACGUGGUGGGUCCAGCGUUCCCUGAGGUACCUGUUGGGAGCGACUCACUCCUGGGGCUGGAGGUUAUGGGGGCGGAGACGGCAGCCUUCAACUUUGCCUCUAACCUGUGGUCACUCCACUACCUGCGUCUCACUAACCAGAUCAAACCCGGCAUCGUCUAUCAGGUGUUGACGGCGGUGAACGUGCAGUACGCUGCCUUGGCUCGCUACCAGGACGAGGACGGAGCCUUCAGAAUGUGGCCGGAAUCUGAACCGAGUGUGUGGCUCACUGCUUACUCCCUCAAGACGCUGUGGCUCGCCAACUUCCAGGACUGGGAGAACCUCAUCUUCAUUGACCCCAUCAUCAUCAACAAGGCGGCGGAGUGGAUCCUCAACUACCAGACACCUAUGGGCGCCUUCACCGAGACUCCCAACUACACCCACCCGCUGGACUCCAAGACCAACCCCACGCCGGCAUUCCAGCUUAAGCGUGACGGCUACAAGAACGUGUCCCUGACGGCGCAGGUGGUGCUGGUCAUGGUGGACAUCCUCCCCGGCCUAAAUGGACACAUCCGGGCCAAGGUUAACAUCGCCAAGGCCAAUGCCAUCAGUUACUUGGAGAGGAAGCUAGAGAGUCUCGACGAUCCAUACGACAUGGCGCUGGUAGCCUGGGCACUCACCAAGGCCGACUCUGCCAAGAAGGAAACUGCCCUCAACUUACUGGACACAAUGAAGAGAGUAGAGGGGAACAAGAUCUAUUGGUCCCGUGAGCCUGUGGACUUCAACCCCAUGGUGUAUGAGGACAGCCAGAAGCCCUUCAUCCGGCCGAAGAAUGACCAGAAGUGGGACGCACACGCCGUAGAGACCACCUCUUACGCCCUCCUCGUCUACAUCGCCAGGGAAGGGAUCGGCAUCAUCCAGGAAAACAUCGUCAGGUUCCUCGCCGUCAUGAGGGAGCUGGAUGGAGGACUUAUCUCAACUCUGGACAGCGUGGCGGCCAUGGAAGCGCUGGUAGAGUACUCCUUCAGGGCCCGGCUGAGGGACGUGACGGAUAUGCGGAUCACCCUCGAACACUCAGCCAACCCCAACUUCACCGUGGACGUCUACUUGGGCAACACCUACGACCUGGCUGACUUGAGGUCCUUCGAUCUGACGAACAUCUGGGGUCACAUCAGCGUGGUGGGUCACGGGUCAGGUCAGGCUUUGGUUCAACUCGACUACAGCUACGGGGUGGACCACGAACCCUUACUGGACUACCCUCCCGUGGAAGCUUUCGACUUUAGCGUCCAAACCAAGUUCUUCGGCAGGAACAACUCCCACCUCCAGAUCACUACCUGUCAGAGGUGGACGGACACUGAGGAGUCGGCGACGAGUGGGGUGGCGGUGGUGGAGGUGCACUUACCGUCUGGCUACUACGUGAUGCAGGACUACCUCAUCGAGCUGGUCAACUCCCGCACCAUCAGGAACCUCCGCUGGGCCCUUAGGACAGAUACCCAAGUCAAAUUCUUCUUCAAUCACCUGGACACCACGGAGACCUGUUUGUCGUAUGAGGUCCAGCGCUGGCACCCCGUCGCUAACCAUUCCCGCUACAACAUGGCCAGAGUCUACGAUCUCUACCAACCCGAGCGCUUCAACAUGACGUUGCUGGAGGUCUACCCGCUCUAUGAUCUGGAUGUGUGUGAGGUCUGCGGCUCUUAUCAGGUGAGUACACUGCCCUCUUAUUGUUGCUGUCUGUGUGAACCCUGAGGCUCCUAUCACCAGGGGGAGGAGGCCUUCAUCCAGCAGUGGGCUGACACAGGCUGACGAAGAUGUGUUGUGAGUGAUGAUGGUGGAAGAUCGUGCUUCAUGACCCGUGUGAGAUAGAACCAUUUUUGUGGUUAAUAUUGAAGAUGUAUACAGGGUAAAAUAUCGCCAUCCAGCUCAGAAACUUCCCUCGUGUAACUUGACUUAGCUACAGGUUACAGGUUUAGUAAAUGCCUUGUGGUAAGAGAACCAUAAAUGUGUUUGGGAACCCUUGCAGUUGGUAGUUGUUUAGAGUCAACAUCAGGGCAUUUUUAACACUGGUAAACAACUCCGUCAUAAUGAGAUUUGUUGCUCUUUUGGUGAAACAAGUUGAACUAUAAUCCCAAACAAGUUAAUUAACAACCCAUAAACCUUUAACCAAGCUUAAAAUUGCUCAUAACAAAUAAUAAAACAUUAAGUAACACGAGACUAAAUUUAAAGACUCAACAAUAUUUUGAACAUAUAACACUCCACAAAAAACACCACAAGAACACACUUAAAACACACCACCUCGAGUCUUCACAAAGUAUACGAUUAAUUACAUAAUACACAGCCUGAUAGAAUUCCGGUGAAUUUUCCCACAAUUACAGAACAGAACCCCGUCCCCAUGUUCAGCGGACUGGUGAAGACAGUACACUACCCAGGGCUUGAUCACAGCUGAGGGGGUGGGGGGAUCAGAAGAGGGUUAGUUAACUGACCAGAAUGAAGAGUCAAGGCCAACCACACGUUACAGUACAAGGCCAAUGUGUUUACAGUUUCAUAAUACUAAUGUGUUUACCUUAGUGGCGUUACUGAGAACAAGGAAGACAAUGUUUGGCAAAUACUUUAAAAAGUUGGUUAGAGUUGUAUCGUGUUUAUCGUCUCUUAUCAUUAACUGGUGUGAAGACUUUACUCGGCGGCGUCAACAGACGUGAAGCAAUAAAGGAAAAAUAAAACAGCCGUAAAUACCAGCAAUGUCCUGUAGUUCUUAACUGUAUAUAAUCUACAGUGAACCCCUCCAUAUAACGUACUUCUCUCUCCAUUAGUUCGUUAAUUGGGGGUUUCAUAUAUAACAGACCCUCGAUAUAACGGACUUUCAUAUCCGUAUAGUCCGUUAAAUAGAAGUUUUACUGUACAAUAUAUGUGACACCUUUACAUUAAUGAUCCCUUCAAUUUAACGUUGCAGUAGGUGGCGCUGACGGGGAUGGUGCAGUA